CCUCAUCUUUUUGCGUCUACAUUUUAUAACAUUAUUAAUGAAUUACUUUUGACGUGGUUGACACACGGUAAUUCGACUGUUACGGAGUAAAGUUGUAUUUCAUACACAAAUAUGACUGGGACGCAUUAUGGAAUGUUUACAUUUGUAUUCAUUUGUAUAUGCUUAAAAGAAAUAGAGUGUUCCACGAAAAAAGCCGCAGAUUACACAAGAAAGGAAACAGGCCAACAAAGGAAAAUAGCAACUGCCCAGCAGUUGGUGCCCGUGACGCCGGUGACCAACUCGCCAUGGCAGGUGGCCAUCCACACGCGGCAAGGCGGCGAGUUUCAGUUCCGGUGCGGGGGCACCCUCAUCUCAUCGGACGUAGUUCUCACUGCCGCUCACUGCGUCUCAAACCCUCGAUUUGGGCCAGGCGAGCUGCGGGUGUUGGCAGGAGAGCGAGACCGGAACUCUGUUGACGCGGGUGAGCAAUUGAGGAACGUAACCAGCGUUACAGUGCAUCCGGACUAUGUGGGCACUCUGACGUCAUUAUACAACAAUGACGUCGCACUCCUAAAAUUGGCCUCCCCCGUUUCCAAGACAACGCAUGUGUCCCCUGUUUCUGGUCUUGCAGACGACACAUCGCCAACUGGACCAGCAAGUUGUUUCGUCACCGGGUGGGGCAUUUCUGCUGAAAAGAACGGGUCCUCCGGUCUGUCGGGCGUCCUGGCGCAGGCGGAAGUGACAUUGCUGACGAAUGCACAAUGCAACAAGCGGUCGAACUGGGACGGCCUUGUGAAGCCGUCGCAGCUUUGCGCCUACAGCAAAAAGAUUUCCGCCUGUUUGGGGGACAGUGGAGGCCCGCUGGUGUGUCAAGUUAACUCCAAGUACAUCCAAUAUGGCGUCACUUCCUGGGGAAAGCGAACGUGUGACCAGAAACCAGUCGUGUAUGCCCGCGUGUCAACGUACAGGAGCUGGAUUAUGGCAACCAUUAAUGCGUUCUAACUUUAAUAAGCGAAUACGCGACGGUUACUAUGGAAACCAAUGGAAACUAUUGUCAUUUAUUACAGCAACAUGAACAUUUACCAAGCAGAUUUGUAUUUUAUGUAUCUCGUACGGUCGAAAACAGAUAUAUAAGUCACGAACACCCUGAUAGCGUCAUCCUAAAGGCAGUUUAAUAUGCCAUCACCAAUUGUUUAGCUUCCUAGUUUGUACAUUUUCGUGCAACCCUGUAUUUCAGGCAUUCAUAUGGGCCGAUGAAAGCUGCAAUCUCACAGAUUUACCGUUUUGACAACUUUUUUAUCAUGGAAUGUGCUCUUUUUUGUGUAAAUAUCUGAAGACCAGUGAUAUCAGACUGCUGGCAAAAGACCCUGUGAUCACAGUUUUUCAUAUUUCCGUUCGAAAAAUAAUAUUUUAUGGCUAAAAGCGUUAUUAACGCUUUACGACAAAUGCAUUCAACAUCAAGCCAUCCAUUUCAGAAUGCAAAGAAGUUUUUGUUUAUUCGAGUUGAUCGAGGUCUGUCUGCGUCCAUUGGUUGCAUAUUUGUAUAUUUUUAUAUUGAUCAAUCAGUUAUGCAUGAAUGAGAUUUUUGAACAACGCCACUGUUGUCAUUUGUUGAUAUAUUAAAGGGAGGUAACAAAACAAAAUGUAACGAUGAUCAAAUCUAUAAAUUUAUUACUUACAAACCCAAUGUCUAUUUUAAAGGUCUUGAUGAAAUCUUUAACGUAAUCAUUUUACUUUUCAUGUGAUGUUUUGGGAAAGGGCUGUAACUGAUAUUGGAAAAUCUCGUGGCACCUUCCCUUUGCAUGUCCAUUUUAUAUGACCAUAAGCUUUGGUACAUUGCACUGUUUCUGUUUCUUUGUUGUUUUCUUCGCCAUAUGUUGUGUAAAUAUACUGUCAUGCAAUAAUUUUUUUAAAUGAAAACUUUAAUAACAUCACUUCACAUUUUUUUUUAUCUUUAACAUGCAACUUAACCUGUAGCAUUUUUUUAAUGAUGAAUAGAUUACCUUAAAUUGAAUGUAAAGAUAGAAAGCGGAUUUCCAGCAAAAAAACAAUAGGUUAUUUUUGUCAAUUUGCCUUUUAUGACAUGAAUACAUUAGAAAACUUAAAAGAUUUGACCUAGUGACCUUAUUUUCGAUCAUAUGUGACCCAGUUGUAUAUACGUCCAAGAGUUCAUAAAGGAAAACAUUUUGAUUAAGUUUCAUGAAUAUUUGACCAUGUGCAAUGCCUCUAGUAUGUUCCAAAGAUUUUCUAAGAUUUGA